CAAAACCCAUUUCCAUAGUUUCCCUUUUGAAAAACUUUCCAAAAUGAAUUUCAGUCACCAUAUGGACAUGAGUCUCCACCCUUCCAUGAAUCCCACCAUCCCCUUUAGCUACAACAUUAUCCCCAGUUCAAAUUGCGGCAUUAUUUCUACAACUAGUAAUAAUAAUGUCGCACUUCUAACAACAACGGGCCCUAGAAUGGAUUGCAGAAUAUGGAGCAAACUGCCGCAGAGGAUUCUGGAUAGGGUCGUGGCGUUUCUUCCCCCACCGGCGUUUUUUCGUGCUCGUUGCGUUUGUAAGAGAUGGUACGGCCUUCUGUUUUAUGCAAGCUUUCUGGAAUUGUACCUCCAAAUUUCUCCGUAUCGCCGCCAUUGGUUCUUGUUCUUCAAGCUUAAAGGUGUUUCCAGCCAUAUUUACAGAAAUAAUAAUAACUCCCCACUUGCUGGACCCGACCACUCCAGGCCUACCUAUGAAGGAUACUUAUUCGAUCCAUACGACGUGGCAUGGUACCGGCUGUCGUUCGCUCAAAUUCCGGCAGGGUUCUCACCGGUAGCUUCCUCUGGCGGAUUAAUCUGUUGGGCACCGGACGAAGGAGGUCCCAAAACUCUAAUCCUAUCAAACCCAAUUCUCGGGACCUUAUGUCAACUUCCCCCAACCACAAGACCACGUCUUUUCCCUUCCAUCGGCUUCGCCAUAACCCCAUCUUCCAUCGACAUCACGGUGGCUGGAGACGACUUAAUCUCCCCUUACGCCGUCAAAAACCUCACCGCCGAAUCCUUCCACAUAGACGCGACCGGGUUCUACUCCAUGUGGGCCACCACGUCCACAUUGCCACGUCUCUGCAGUUUCGAAUCAAGCCGAAUGGUUCACGUGGCAGGCAGAUUAUACAGCAUGAACUACAGCCCAUUCAGCAUCCUAGCGUACGACAUGUCGCACAACAAUUGGUGGAAAAUCCAAGCUCCAAUGAGACGGUUUUUACGGUCUCCAAACUUAGUGGAAAGUCAAGGGAAAUUACUGUUAAUCGCUGCGGUAGAAAAAAGCAAACUAAACACCCCAAAGAGCUUAAGGAUUUGGGGACUCCAAAGCUGUGGAACCACGUGGAUUGAAAUGCAAAGAAUGCCGCAACAGUUGUACGUCCAAUUUGAGGAAUUGGAAAAAUCGUGUGGGUUUGAAUGUGUAGCCCAUGGUGAAUUUGUGAUGGUUUUGAUUAGAGGGUGUUGGGAUAAAGCCGCGCUUUUGUAUGAUAUGGCUAAGAAAUUAUGGCAAUGGGUUCCGCCCUGUCCUUAUAUAGGAACCCCCGGUGGCGGCCACGGUGGGGAAGAAGUUUUACAUGGGUUUGCUUAUGAGCCUAGAUUGGCCACGCCGGUCACUGGACUUAUUGAUCACUUCUCUAUUCCGUUUCAGAAUUAUACUGCUAACCAUCAGUGAUUAAAUAUUAAAUAAGAGGGUACGUAAUAAUUAGUUAAGUUGUGUGUUGUUGUGUUGAGUUAAGUCUAAACAGUGUGUUAUGUGGGGGUUUUGUUGGGGUGUUGGGAACUUUGGGAGAUGUUUUCAUGGAGAUUUUUAGUGGUUGUAUUAUUAUAUAUACCUCUCUUUCACUUUCUCAUGUGUGUACCGUUUAGUAAUAAUAGUUUAAUUUGUGAAUUA